AGGAAGGAGUGAAGGAAGGGAAGAUAGCCCAUUCUGAAGACAGUGGAGGAAGCAGACGCACGAGACAUCAUCGGUUAUCGAUCAAGUCUGCUGUGGCUACAAUAUCAACUGAAACAAUGGAAAACUCAGUCCCAGCCCCAACCCCAACUCCAACUCCCAACGUCACAGAGUUCUUGGACUCGGAGUUCCGCUACACGCUCUUCCCGGUGUUCUACAGCUUCGUGUUCGUGCUGGGCCUGUGUGCUAACGCCUACGUGUUGUACAUCCUGCGCUGCCUGCGCAACUCCCGCGCCAUGAAUGAGGUGCGCAUCUACAUGACCAACCUGACGGUGGCCGACUUGCUCUUCGUGGCUGCGCUGCCCUUCUGGAUCGACUACUAUGUGCGGCGUGGCGACUGGGCCGCCGGGGACAUUGCGUGCCGCGUCACGGGCUCGCUCUUCUUCAUCAACUCCUAUUGCUCUAUCCUAUUCCUCGCCGUCAUCAGCGUCAACCGCUACUGGGCCGUCACGCGGCCCCUGGAGGCCGCCAAGUCCGACCACUGGCGCCGCGGCGUGUGCGUGUCGGUGACGGUGUGGGCGGGGACGCUCGGGGCCACCAUCCCGUACCUGAUCUCGCCCGGCGUGCAGGAGGAUGCCGACGGCAAGCGACGCUGCCUGGAGGGCUACCACAACCAGGACAGGGGCACGCGCUGGGGGGUGGCCGCCACCCACUUCGUCAUCAUCGCCAUCUUCUUCGCCGUCUUCCUGCUGGUGGUGACGUGCAACUUGCUGAUCGCCCGGGCGCUGCUCACGCAGCCCCUCAUCAAGGAGCGCUCCAUCGUCGCCAGCCACGGCUCCAAGGGUCACCAGCGUCCGAACGGCACCAAGCGGCGGGCCGUGCGGAUGCUGUGUGCGGUCGUGACGGUGUUUGCCGUGUGCUUCCUGCCGCAUCACGUGGUGCAGGGCCCCUGGGCGCUGGUGGUGCUUCACCUGGCAGACGGGUGGUCGCAACAGACCAAGCAGAGCCUCAACGAUGCUCACCAGAUCACCUACAUGCUGAUGGGUCUGAACUGUCUGCUGGAUCCCGUGGUGUACUGUUUCGCCACCAGGAGGUUCCGCCAGUACAUCACGGGCCACAUCAAGAGGCUCCAGAAGGGGAAGGUGUGCCAGACUCAGAACACCAUGACAACAACUGGUAUCUCCAUGGCGAUGCAGAAUCAGAGCGUCCCCUCCCACGAGGCAGAAAAAGAGCACUUAGACACACCUGACCUGACGCGCCACAACGCUUCGACAUAAUGAUGGCGGGGGAAACAUUCGAUGGAAACAUUUUGGGCAAUGUCAGCAGAUGUUUGGACAUUUAGUCAUUGGUAUUAGGCAAGGUUUGUCAUCUGUAGGACUUCAGACAAUCAGUAACAGCCUACAGUCAUCUCUACCAGGAAAUGGGCUGCUUGGUGUGUUGUCCCGUAGCAUUGAUUCAUUGACCUUAAAUCAACGUAUGGCAGACCAUACAUGGGAGAUAUCCCUCUCCUCUGCUCACAUGCACAGUCUUCAAUAGUAGAGGACAUAGGAAAUGAAGGUUAACUUAUUGAGGCCUUCUCCUGCUAUCCCUCUUUGAAGAAAAUGAGUCAAUCACAGACUUUGUUGAAUAAUGCGCGACACACUAGCCCAAUUAUUACAUUACAUUGCACUUAACAGAUGCUUUCAUUUUUAUUCAAAGCGACUCACAGUUAUUAUUUUACAGGGAAUUGAUUACAGCCCUUGGAGCAAUGUGGGGUUACUUAGAUGCCUUGCUCAAAGGCACUUCAGCCAUGGAUGGAGAUGUAGGGAGAGGUCAGGGGGGAUUCGAACCUGCAACCCCUAGAUUGAAAGACCAACUCUCCAACUACUAGGCCAGUGGUUCUUAACCUUUUUUUCUUAACGCACCCCCUUACCUGUGCCCAAGACAAGUCGCGCACCCCCAACUCAAGCGUCUACACGUAUACACACACACACAAAAAAUAUUUUAGUGAUUAAUUACAAUGAUUCUAGCUUGAGACAUUAAUCAAUACCUUAUGCCUUUACAUGGGGACCAAAACAUGUUUAAUUUGGUGUAAUUAUAAUGUUCGCUUGCAGAAUUUGGUCACAACCUCAACACAAACAAAAUUCAGCGCACCCCCUGAAGUCUCUGGUGCACCCCCAGGGGGUGCCUGCACCCCAGGUGAAGAACCACUGCACUAGGCCACGGCUGCCCUACCAUGGCAAUCAUAUAGGGACACUCCCAUUUGAUACUGGAGUCACCAUGAUGGCUGGAAGUCAAUCUCAAUACUUUUUCUCAUCCUAUCCAGGCGGCUUCUGUCCUCCUGUCAUGGUGUCAGUGUCACCUGGCCUCCGUGGAGAAACAAUAAAACUUCCCCGUAGUGAUUCAGCACAGAGUGACUUUUCAGAGGCGUGCCCCCAUUCUACAUCCCGAUUGCAAAUGUUUAGCAAGAUAUCGGAAAGAUAUUGAAAAAAAAUGUUGAUUAUCGAUAACGUUGCGGAGCACUGGUAUUGGGACAGGGGGGGCGGGAGAUGUGUCAGAGGCGUUGGGCCCACGAAAUAUCGUAGAAUGGGGCCCCUACAAGAUGUUUGGCAAUCAAAAGCCACUGGUAGCGGGCCCCCCCAAGUGGUGAGGCCGGGGGUUCCUGGCCCCUAUGCCCCCCCCCCUCUGCUCCGCCCCUGCGUUGAGCCUUGCGUCACAAGGCUGGUGGCCACACGAAAGGAUGGGAGGACCAAGUGUGACUGGCUCACCAUGUCACACCUCAAAAAGGAAGCGAUUCAGGAACUCAAUUGGUCAACUGAGGAAUUAUGCCGCAACAUUGCAACUUCCUCUCUUGAGGUUGUGAAGUGAACAUGUCUACAAGUGGCCAACUGAAUUUCACUGAAUUCCACUUGACAUUCCACUGAACAUUGUUUGAUUUUCCAUCCGACUGACUGUUCCUGUCAGAAGUGGAUUUUAAUGUUUUCACAGCAUUAUCAGAUUUCUGCAAUUCCAUUAUAGGAAGUGUUUCUGUGUCGGCAGCUAUGUUGCUUGCAUUGUGAGAGUUUACAUUUUAUGUGAAGAUCAACUAUUAUAUGUCUAUGUACUGGAUGGCCCACUUAUAUUAAAUUUGAAUUAUGUGUGUGUGUACCCUAUGAAACGGCAUAGGUUAUUUUUAUAAGCAUAUUUUUGUGUUUAAUAAGGUAGUGUGUGAAAUACAUGUCGGGUGUGAGAGAGUACAUGUAGGGUGAGGAAAUGAUACCAAGGCGUUUCCUCUUAUGCACUUGUUGGAAAAAGUGCCCAUAGUGUAGGAAUUCUGGGAUGUAUUGCUGGUAACAAAAGCCAUGUAUUUUAUUUUUGUAUGUAUUUAUUAUCGUCUUUUGACCUUGUCUGCUCUCAUAUUCACUGUAAAGAUAUGUACUGUAUGUCUCAAAAUCUCUGUUCACAUUUGCUAAGUUGUAUUUUUGCACGACAUUGAUUUUGGUAUUAAAAGUUGA